AUGGCGAUCACGCACAUGCCUGUUCGGCUUUCCGUGCGUACUCAGCAUGAGUGUGAACAUACUCCUCACUCGACCGUGCUGCGUGGACUUACUCCCCCGGUAACGCCCACCAUCGACGAUGACAGUCUCUCCGGCAGCGAGGUUACCGUGCAUUCCAAUACCUCCAGCCCCUUUCUCUCCCCGGUGGAUGCCAAACCGGAGAAACUUGACGAGGAAAUCUCCGAUACCAAGCACUUUACCGACGAUCUCGAGUACCACUACGACCCGAAGGGACGCGCGGUCGAAUUUGGCCGUGGCGUCUGGAGCGUUGUGUACAAAGCGUCCUCUUUUCCCGCCGUCAAAUCGGGUUUUUUGACCCCUCCGAGUUCCCCAGCCGUCAAAGGCCGGGUGGUGGCUGUCAAGUCGCCUGUGAGGCGGGAUGCGCAUUCCGUCCUUGAUGCUGAAGCCCGCGCAUUGACCCGGAUCAGCCGCAUAGCAGGCGCGGAGAACCAUGUCGUGCCCUUCCAUGGGUACAUCUCCGAGUCGCAUUCCAUUGUCAUGUCCGCCGUGCCGCUGGCGCUGUCGACCUACCUUCAGGACAAGGCCGCCAUCGCACAAAAGACCCGAUCCACGCAGACCAUGUUCGACCCGGUUCAAGGCAUGGCCCAUUGGCACGUCUUGGCCGAAAAGCUCAUUGCUGGCUUGGCCUGGCUGCACAGUGGUCCGCAGAUGGUGCAUGGUGAUAUCAAACCCCACAAUAUCCUGCUGCGAUUACGUUCACCCAGUGGCCAGGAUCUCGACUUGGAGUCGGACUCAUUCCCAUACGAGCCGCUCUUUGCCGAUUUUUCGUCUGCGCACCCGAUUGCCAGCCCCUCCUCACCCGAACAGUGCAGCAUGGGCACAGCCCUAACCGCGCUCACGCCGCCAUUCGCGGCCCCGGAAUUACUCUGUGUCUCCUCCUUGACGUCACCGGACGUCGCGCCCACUCCCGAAUCUGAUGUCUUUUCCCUUGCCGUCAGUCUUCUCGCCGCAGCCACUGGCGAUCUUCUUCUCUACCCAGGUGCCAGCAAUUUGCAGCGCCUGGCCAUGGCUCGCGAGGGCCAUCGGGUGAUCGACUUCGCCCGCUCGGGCCCUAAUGGUUCGCGCGUUCCUCGCGCGGGAAUUGUCGAGCAGAUUAUUAAGCCUGCCAUCGCCAAGGAUCCGAGUCAGCGCAUCCACCCGGAUGACUGGCUGCACCUCACUGAAUCCGUUCACUGA